GCGCGGGGAAGGCCCGAGGCCUCGGGCUGCGGUGAGCGCGCGGCGCCGGGGAUGGAGGCCCACCACAGCCUGGAGACGGAGGCGGAGAUCCUGCACAAGUCGCCGAUGAUUCACGGCAAAGAGCAGCUGAGGCUCGGCCACAAACCCACAGCCAUCCUACUGCCCGCGUCCUCCAUGAGCAGCCACUCACCGGACACGUCUCUCUCCCCCAUCGAUACCAUGAAUUCACUCUCCAAUUUUGAAUCUGAAAUAGACCAUGACGGCCAGGGGAAUUACUCACUCUUUCCAGCCUUGGAUAAUGUGACCAGCCUUUCGGGAACCAGUGAGACCUUGGAAACCGAGCCAGCAAGUGAUGUGAGUGACAAACCCAACAUGACCUGGUUGGAUGCAGCACAGAUUGUUCUGGAAGAGGCCGGGAGGCCUCUGCACAUCAAGGAGAUCAAGCAAAGGAUUCUGGACAGGGGCCUGGUGCAGUCAAACUCCAAGUCCAGUCUGGAAGCAGUGCUGUAUCGGGAGACUCAGAAAGGGAGCAGACGGUUCAAGCGGCUUGAGAACAGGAACGGAGUCUUUGCUCUGUUGAGUGAGGAAGAGCGACAGCAGCUUGUGCAGACAUAUCCACCACAGCCUUUCCUGGCUCCCGUGCCUCAGGGGCCGGUGUAUGCAGGCAGCGGGCUGAUAGACCCUCUCUCCAGCUUCCCGGCCCCCUCCAUCCUCCAAGACUCCAAGCCCAAACUCAAGAGGUCACUGAAGAAAAGCCUCAACGAGAAAUAUCGGCUCAAGUUCCUGCGGCUGCAGAAGACAGUGAAAACUCUGAUCUUCGAGAAUGCAGCUCUCUGUGAUGAAAUUGCUCACAUUGAGCAGAAGUUUCUCAGAGCCAAAGAGGAAAGAAGGUUCCUGCUGAAGAGGCUGUUACCACAGCAGGCGGUGUUGGAUGGCAGCGAUACCCUCAUGCUGCCCGUGGGCACCCCUGAGGGGAGCAGCCUGCCCGCCACCCCAAUGCCCAGCGUCUCGGGGGCAGAGGAGCCCGCCAGCAAAAAAUCAAAGAAGGACAAGAGAGACAAAGUGAAAGAUAGCAAGGAGGAUGGGCUGAAGAAAGUCACAAAGAAGAAAAGAACAGGCGAGCGAGCGACACGGAGGUUUGUUCAGCCCAUCCCACUGGAUCCAUGCGGGAGGCCCAUAUUCCCCAUCGUGCUGGGAGGUCUGACCAUAUACAGCCUGGGAGAGAUCAUCACAGAUCGACCCGGUUUCUGUGAUGAAGCCGCAAUCUACCCAGUGGGAUUUUGUAGCACCCGCGUCUAUGCCAGUGUGAAGGACCCAGAGCAACAGUCACUGUACACCUGCCAGAUCAAAGAUGGGGGAAUUGGACCACAGUUUGAGAUUGUCCCUGAAGACGACCCUCAGAAUUCGAUCGUUGCCUCAUCGGCCGCUGCCUGUCACGCUAACCUGCUCAAGGCCAUCGUCUCCGCUCGAGGACAGACAUUCACCAGCGUGUUGCCGUCCGGAGCUGCUUUCUUUGGCUUCUCACACCCCACCAUUCAGAACCUGAUCCAGAGCUGCCCGGGAGCCAGGAAGUGUGCCUGUUAUCGGUGGGUGAGGUUUGAGGUGUGCCGGCCUGGAGAUGGGCAGGUGCCUCACGACUUGCCAGAGGAUGAUGCUUCUGUUAACUUUGAAGCUUUGAGGCAUCGAGUAUAUGAGGAGAGACUGAUUAAUCAGUCUGAACCAGGUACCAUGGGCCUUCAGUUGGGACCCAGGCUGCAAUGCCCAGCCUCAGACACCUCCAGCACUCUCCACUCCCUGCUCUCUUCCAGUUCUGCAUCGGCACUUCUGGUCCGAGCUGCGAUGGAGCCGAGCAAGCUCCCACCCACCCAGCACCCCGGGUUACCACAGGAGCAGGCCUCACCACAGCAUCAUCGCCGGUCAUCCCCAGCACCCUUCAGCUCACCCAAACUGUGCGAGUGAGAAGCCACCGGCCAGCUGGCUCCCGGCACCAGUGUCCCGGCCCCAAGCCCUGAGCACUGAAAGUGAGGACUGACUGACUGACUGACUGACAGCUGCUGCCUGCCAGGUGUGACUGUCACAGCAACUGGCGACCAGGGUUACAGGACCAGAGUGGGAAGCAGUUGGCCGAGAUCAUGGCCACCUGUGGGCUGUGUAGCACUCUGCGUGUUUGUGUGUGUGUGUGUGUGCGUCUGCAGCCUGACCAUACACUGCGCUGUGUGUGUGUGUGAACAGCGUGUCAUACACAACACUGAGCUGUGUGUGAGUGUGUGUGUGUGCUCGUGCGCAUCCUGUCCAUAUGCUCUGUGUGUGUGUGUGUUCAGCCUGUCUGUACACUGUGCUGUGUAUGUGUGUGUACAGCCUGUCAUACACUGUGCUGUGUGUAUGUGUGUGGACACUGUGCAUACACUGUGUUGUGUGUGCUGGCUGUGUGUGUGCGUGUGUGUUGGUUGUACUCUGUCUGCCUGCACAGGCACGCUGCUCUCUCAGGAUGACGGUAGUUCAGCUCGACCUUUGAAGGGAGACAGAGUUUCCCAAUCUUUUUAUACAGAUAUCCCAGGCCUGAAUGAUUCAGCUCAGGUUUUGAUGCCUGAGAUUUCCCCAUUAAAUAAAUGCCUGUUUAAACCUCA